AUCCGGGUAUAGCUUUUAUAUUCUUAUAUUUUCAAAGUGCAUGCAUGCAUCAGGAUAAGAACACUAAUAUGAUCUGACCUCAGCUUCAAUAAUGCCAUCUCUGAUUUAGAUAGUCUAUAAAAGGUUGAUCAUCACAGCGAGCAAGGAAAUAAAAUAGCCAGAAAAAGUAUCAGUCUAACACUUGUAGUAAUACCAGUUUGUGGUGGGAAAACGUACAUAUUUGUGAAAAUCAAUGGCUGGUGCUGUUACUGGUGGUACUGGUACUUGUUUGAAAGGGACACUAUCCUUCAAAACAGAAGUCCACUGCUCUGCUGAUAAGUAUUAUUCAAUGUACAAACAUGAAGUCACCGAACUUCCAAAGAUCAUGCCGUUUGUCUAUGGUGACAUCCAAGUUAUUGAAGGAGAUGGAGUUAGUGUUGGCUCCGUCAAGCAGUGGAACUAUGUUCUCGAGGGAAAACCACACUGUGUGAAGGAAAAAGUAACAGAGAUGGACGAUGAAAAGAGAAGGAUAACUCACGAUCUAUUCGAAGGAGAAGUGAUGAACGUAUAUAAGAAGUUUGCAGUGACACUGCACGUCAAACCGAAAAAGGGUGAUAUAGAAGGGAAUGUAGUGAAAUGGAGUGUCGAGUAUGAGAAGCUGAACGAGGAUUCGCCAACUCCACUUUCAUACCUUGAUGUGCUCGAUAAGAUUACCAGAGACCUAAAUGCUCACUUGUGUCAGUGAUGAUCACUCGAUCAAGCUUAUAGUACUUUAUCAAUAUAUAGUGGCGAACACCAAGAUUGGUCUUACUUACUGUAGUCUGUUACGAUCAUGGUGAAGUUCAGCUGGCAGGAAGCAAUAGAGCUUCUAAAAUCG